AUGGCUACAGACAGCGUUGGCAGCAAAUUUAAGCCUGGUGUACAGUAUGGACCUGUUCUAUCCCAAACCGACUUGUAUCUGCUCAAGGCUGAGCUCGAGCUAAACCCAAUCCUGACGAGCUCAGCACCGAAUUUCAAUCUCAUAUUCAAUAUCUCCUCGGGCCAUACCACUGGUAUCAACCCAGCUGGCCCUCAGGAUAGAGAUCUCGGCUUUACCACCAAAGACGAAUUCGCGACGGUCCCUCGAGUAACCCGGCUGAUCUUGAUCACACGUCUGAGUCCGUGGUGCACCAUUGUCGAUAAUGAAAAUGGAGUCACAUUGAAAGACAUCUGCGAAGCGAUUUGGAAGGACUAUUCAGAGAAUUAUAUCACAGAUGCGGAGUUUUCGGCCAUCAAUCCGAGAGUGCAAGAGGCUGUAAAACGGACAGCAAUGAGUAGGCAAGCCGCAAACUCUCAAGCCAAUGCUUGGUAUGGGGCGUACACCCCCGCACAACCGCCAUCGAGGUUUAAACGCUACGAUUGGUUGAGAGACAAGAUCUUCUUCGACAGACUUCAUAAACAGGAUGAUUACGCCCUUCAGCGGCUAGGAUUCAAGGCUCCGAACAUCUUUGUGAUGGACUUCGUAUCGUGA